CAUUUCCCUCCUUCAUCCCUCACCCCACUUUUUCUCUACUGAUCUGCAAAAAACAUAGGAAAAAAAAACAAGAACCGAGAAAAACCCUUGAAGAUAUUCACUUCACCAUGCCUUCUUCACAAUGUUUUAAUCUUGUUUCAAGAUGUACGGUUUUCCCGGAGAGAAAAUCCGACAUCAAAACCUUAAAGCUCUCAGUUUCUGACAUCCCUAUGCUUUCAUGUCAGUACAUUCAAAAAGGGGUUUUGUUGACAUCUCCUCCUUGUUCAUUCGACGAACUCGUUGAUUCCCUUAAACAAUCCCUUUCCACUACUCUCUCCCACUUCCCUCCUUUGGCCGGUCGUCUCACCACCGACCACGACGGUCACGUGCACAUCACCUGCAACAAUGCCGGCGUUGAUUUUCUUGUGGUGAAAUCCCCUAAUCUUGAAAUUCGGAACGUUUUGUGUCCCGGCGAUGUCCCGGAAUGUGUCAAGGGGUUCUUCACUUUUGACAGGACGCUUAGUUACUCCGGCCACUUCAAGCCCUUGGUCGCGGUUCAGGUAACCGAGUUAGUAGACGGGGUUUUCGUCGGCUGCUCAGUGAACCACGCCGUGACGGACGGGACUUCGUUAUGGCACUUUUUCAACACCUUCGCUGAGAUUACUAAAGGGGGUUUGAAAAUAUCGAAAACUCCCGAUUUCUGCCGUGAAACGGUGUUUAAUUCUCAAGCGGUGCUUAAGUUCCCUCCCGGAGGACCCACCGUUACUUUCGCCGCCGACGAGCCGUUGAGGGAAAGGAUUAUUCAUUUCAGUAGAGAAGCGAUUUUAAAACUUAAAUACAGAGCUAAUUACGGUCGUUUAUUAACUAAACAAACGAACUCCGAGGUUCUAGGAAAGAUCUGUAAUGACAGUUGGAAAUCCGUUAACAACGAAAUAAACGGUACGGUAAAGAACAAAAUUGAUGAGAUUUCGUCUUUCCAGUCGCUUUGCUCUCAUCUAUGGAGGUCGGUAACACGCGCUAGGAAACUGGAGCCGACGAAAACGACGACGUUUAGGAUGGCGGUGAACUGCCGUCAUCGGCUUGACCCAAAGCUCAACCCGUACUACUUCGGCAACGCGAUUCAGAGUAUCCCGACUUACGCUCAGGCGGGCGAGUUACUGGCGAAGGACUUGAGCUGGGCCGCCGAUCUGCUCCACAAAAACGUGGUGGCUCACGAUGAUGAUACGGUGCGGAGAGGUGUAGCGGAUUGGGAGAUGCAACCGAGGCUGUUUCCGUUGGGGAACACUGAUGGUGCGUCGAUCACCAUGGGAAGUUCUCCAAGAUUCCCGAUGUACGGUAAUGAUUUCGGGUGGGGUCGACCUUUGGCGGUGAGGAGUGGUAGGGCCAACAAGUUUGAUGGGAAGAUCUCAGCCUUCCCCGGAAGAGAAGGAGAUGGGAGCGUUGACCUGGAGAUUGUUUUGGCGCCUGAUACUAUGUCGGCGGUUGAGAAUGAUCCCGAGUUCAUGCUGUACGUAUCAGAAGUGGUGUGACUGAAUACACCGUAACUGAGUCACUAUUGAAAAACGAUGAAUCCCAUACGGUGAUCAGUUGUUUAAUUGAUCAUCUUUGGACAAAUCAUAUGAUCUAAAGCCGUAUGUUUCCCCCUAUUUUUACCUAAUUCAGAUUUUAAUAUCCACACGUGUUUAUUCUGAA